GAAUUUUAUAUACAAGAUUCCCGCCAGUAUAACACGGCGUUAUUUUUGCAAUAUUUACAGAAAUAUGUCUUCAAACGGAGGAGAUGCGUCACCGACGAAGAAACCAAAGCUUGUCAAUGAUGACAAAAGUAAAAGAUUUGUUUGGGUCGAUUUGGAGAUGACUGGAUUAGAUAUUGAAAAGGAACACAUUAUAGAGAUGGCAUGUCUUGUUACAGAUGCUGAACUCAAUGUUGUAGCUGAGGGUCCUAAUUUAGUUAUUAAUCAACCAGAUGAAGUUUUAGAUAACAUGGGGGAGUGGUGUAAACAACAUCAUGGAGAGUCUGGUUUAACAGAUGCCGUACGGAAAAGUGACAUAUCUCUAGAAGAAGCAGAAAAAAACAUGUUGAACUUUGUCAAGGAGCAUACAACAGAGAAAACAGCUUUACUUGCUGGAAACUCAAUCCAUGCUGAUAGAAUGUUUCUAAACAAAUACAUGCCAAAAUUCUUAAAUCAUCUACAUUACAGAAUCGUCGAUGUCAGCACAGUUAAAGAACUUUGUCGGCAUUGGUAUCCAGAAGAAUACCAAAAGGCACCAAAGAAAAAAAUAGCUCACAGAGCACUUGAUGACAUCAAAGAGAGCAUGCAGGAACUGAAAUUUUACAAAGGAGCCAUUUUUAAAUAGCUUGUACAAAAUGCUCAUGCAUUAAAGUUGAUUGAAAUCAACACGAAAGUACAGUUAUUGCAGAUACAAUUUGCACAGCCAUGUUUUGUUUACAGGAAGUGGAUGAGAAUGACUACAGUAAACUGGAAUUUUUAUGAACCUUUUACACUCUCUAUUAACACGUGUUUAUAUGAACUUGUUGUAAAUUUAUUGUCAACUUUUAAUGUAUACUGAAUAUUUUUUUUAUACUUGUGCAUAGGUAGUUUAUAUGUUAUACUAAAAGAAAGAACUUCA